AGUUAGAUACCAAGUUUAAUUAAAUAAACUAAUAAUGAACUGUUCGAUACUCGCCGCUUUAAUCGCCUGCCUGGCCGUCGUCCACGUAGCACAUGGUGCUAACAUAAACAAACGAGGUUUAAUACCCUUGAUUGGCAAUAUAUUAGACCCGCUGCAUAUUUUCCACCCGAGACCACAACAAUUGCCACCCAAACAGGAGGAGCCUAUUCAAUACCCAUCACCUGUGCCCGUCCCAGUGCCAGCACCCGUACCUGUACCGGUACCGGCGCCAGUUCCCCAGCCACCGGCACCCCAACCCCCCACACCUCGCAAUGGCGAGGCACCGGCAACCCUGAAAGUUGAUCUGGAUGAAACACUAAAGGCUGACUGCAAACACCCCUUGUCUAGCGAAUACAAGAAUACUUUGAGCCGACUAGAGGUCGACGCCGACGAUUUUUUCCUCCUCGAUCCAUAUAAUAACAACCCUAAUCACACCGAAGUGCUAACUGGAUUCACCCCGUUCGCCAAACCCACCGUCAACCUAACCCGAUGGGCUAAGUGCGAGGCAUCCGACUCCGGGCUCACCGGUCUGGGAGAGGACAUCCGUAACGCACCCGUAGACCUCACCUGCAAUGGCUAUUACACGCAACGCAUGACCGACUUGUAUGAGUACAACGCCGAUUUCAACGGCCAGAAAGAGACCAUCGGAUUGGCCCGCAGUGUGCAGACCAUGUCGUUCGUCAACGGAAACAUUUUGGAGGUUCAUGAGGGUGAAAUAACUGAGGGUCGAUGCCAAGGUGAUAUCCUGUACAUCCAGACCGUAUACAAUAACCCCAACUCAUUGGCCUGUACUGACUACUCGCUCACAUCUCUACAAGUAAAACAAAUGAAUGUUGAGAUCACUGGCCAGAACUGUGCGACCACAUGCUCUGUCGACCCCUCGGCCACUAACAUGGUCACAAUGCGACCUGGCUACAAUAAUAAAGGACUAGCUCAAUAAAUAAAUAUUGUCUAUGUUAUUUUAUAAUAAUUGUA